GAGUGAAACUCCUUUCCUUUGCAUCAGGUCCUUCUACGACCACCAAUGCAUGUGAGCAGAUGAUGUGGUGACUCUGUCAGAGAAUAAUAGUCAAGAAACGUUUGAUAUCUAGCCACCUUAACUUCCCAAAAUAACCAUAAGUGUCAUGACUAAAGACGCUGUCCAAGGAGCCGCGGAGGAGGCGGACCAGGCCCAGUCGAAGAAAGGCCUGAAGAAACAGCAGAAGGAAGCAGAGAAAGCGGCGAAGAAAGCUGAGAAGCAGGCCAAGCUGGCUGCUGACACACAAAGCACAGAUGAAGAUGACUUUGCCAAGGAUCGGUACGGUGUCCCCCAGAUGGUCCAGUCCCAGCAGAAACUGGACAGGGUGUUGGUGCGUGUCCAGAAGCUGACACCUGAGAAGGCUGACCAGCUGAUCUGGGUGCGUGCCAGGAUUCACACCAGCAGAGCUAAAGGGAAGCAGUGCUUCUUGGUCCUGCGUCAGCAGCAGUUUAACGUGCAGGCCCUAGUCGCCGUGGGGGAGCGUGCCAGCAAGCAGAUGGUGAAGUUUGCCGCCAACAUCAACAAGGAGAGCAUCGUGGACGUGGAGGCGAUGGUGAGGAAAGUGGAGCAGAAGAUCGAGAGCUGCACUCAGCAGGAUGUGGAGCUGCACAUUGAGAGGAUUUUUGUGAUCAGCCAGGCCGAGCCUCGCCUGCCCCUGCAGCUGGAGGAUUGUGUGAGGCCGGAUGGAGAGGGGGAUGAGGACGGAAGAGCGACGGUCAACCAGGACACCAGACUGGACAACCGAGUCAUUGAUCUCAGAACAACAACCAGCCAGGCCAUCUUCCGCCUGCAGUCGGGAGUUUGCCAGCUCUUUAGAGACACCCUGACCAACAAGGGCUUUGUGGAGAUCCAGACCCCCAAAAUCAUAUCAGCUGCCAGUGAGGGUGGCGCGAACGUCUUCACUGUGUCCUACUUCAAAACCAGCGCCUACCUGGCCCAGUCUCCCCAGCUCUACAAGCAGAUGUGUAUCUGUGCUGACUUUGACAAGGUGUUUUGUGUGGGACCAGUGUUCAGAGCAGAAGACUCCAACACCCAUCGUCAUCUGACAGAGUUUGUAGGUCUGGAUAUUGAGUUGGCGUUCAACUACCACUACCACGAAGUGAUCGAGUCCAUCACCGACACCAUGGUGCAGAUCUUCAAAGGGCUCAGAGAAAAGUUCCAGACUGAGAUCCAGACGGUGGGGAAGCAGUACUCCAGUGAGCCCUUCAGGUUCCUGGAGCCCACUCUGAGGCUAGAGUACACGGAGGGCGUGGCCAUGCUCCGGGAGGCCGGGGUGGACAUGGGAGACGAGGAGGACCUCAGCACUCCAAAUGAGAAGUUGCUCGGUCGUCUGGUGAAAGAAAAGUAUGACACUGACUUCUAUGUGCUGGACAAGUACCCCCUGGCUGUGAGGCCCUUCUACACCAUGCCUGACCCCAAUGACAAAAAAUACUCCAACUCCUACGACAUGUUCAUGAGAGGAGAGGAGAUCCUCUCUGGCGCUCAGAGGAUCCACGAUGCCCAGCUGCUUACUGAGAGGGCCAUUCACCACAACAUUGAUCUGGAGAAGAUCAAGUCCUACAUCGACUCUUUCCGUUACGGAGCUCCCCCACACGGAGGUGGUGGCAUUGGGCUGGAAAGAGUCUGCAUGCUCUACCUGGGUCUUCACAAUGUCCGCCAGGUCUCCAUGUUCCCCCGUGACCCCAAACGCUUGACCCCCUGAACGGCCAUCGCCACUGGAGACAGAUGCAGGACAUGGGGAAUCUAUAUUCAUCUGCAAAACACCAGACAGAGUUGAGAAAUUAGUGCCACGACACUGAAGUGCUACUGCGAUUAACAAAUAGAGAAUCAAGCCAGGGUACUACUACGGUCAACAGUAUUCAGUAAUAGAAAAUGACACAUGAAGAAAUAGAUUAAUAAUAUAAGGGAGAAAGAGUCUUAAUACAGAAGUGGAAUAUGAUUAAGGGAUGUGUUGGCUUAGGCUCACCUAUGCAUUACUUACCUUGUGUUGUAUCUCUUAACACUUUUCUAUGGGGUUGAUCAACUUUGAUACCAGUCUUUGUCACACUACAGAGGUAUGACUAAUAAAUAAUCAUGGUCUGCUGACA